AUGGACGGCGAGCCACCUCAGGAAGAAGACUUCUCUCAGAUCCCCUUGGUAGAUCGGAGUCAACACAAGAAUUGGAAAGCCAGAUUAUCAGCGUAUACCGAUGUCAUCGCCAAAUCUGCAAAGACAGCUUCAGAUGCCGACCCCUUCUUUCGCGCAUACACAUCCGAUGGACCAUUACUAAAGAAGUGGGUCACCGAUGCGAAUGCUGUAGCGCAAGAAAAGGGGAUUGAGGCGGUUCUGGCCAUCGCGCAAUACAGCGGAGAGAGCAGUUCGAAAUGCCGCGGAGAUGUUGUGCCUGCUCUUGUCGAAAAGGCUCUCGGUGCGCCUCGAGCUGGAACGAGGAAGAAGGCGACUGAGCUAUGCGGGAUGUUCGUCGAGGUGGAGAACACCGGUGAAGGGGUUCUGGGUGAUCUACUACCUGGAAUCGACGCCAAGCAGCCGAAGAUCGUCGCUGGAUGUAUCGGUUGUCUGAAGGAACUGGUAGAAUCUUUCGGAACGUCCGCCAUCGGCAACAUCAAACCCCUCCUCAAAGUCAUUCCCAAAGUCUUCGGUCACUCCGACAAGACUGUCCGAGCGGAAGGAUCCGCCCUCGUCAUCGCCCUCUACACCUACCUCGGCGCCGCCCUCCAGCCAUCAUUGGCGGAACUUAAACCUGUCCAGGUCUCGGAGCUGCAAAAGAGCUUUGACGCGCUGGAUGCAGAAGGGAAGGGAGCGGGGACUGGGCGGCCGACGAGGUUUACCCGGAAAGCGCAACGGGAGCGGGAGGCCGCGGCGGGACAAGCGGACGAAGGUGGAGAGGAUAUGGCGGAGGAAAUAGCUGCUCCUAUCGACGCACGAGAUCUGCUAGAUCCGGUCGACGUUUCCAAGCUCUUUCCCGCGGAUCUGGACGAACGGCUAUCGUCCACGAAAUGGAAGGAUCGGCUGGAGGUGCUCGAGGAGGUCAACAAGGUACUGGGAGCUCCUCAAAAUGCCCGGAUAUCGGACGGCCAUAUCGACUCGUACAGCUCUCUGGCGCAAACACUGGGGACGAAGUGUAAGAGCGAUGCGAACGUCAAUGUGGUCAUUGAGGCGGCGAAGGUGAUUGAGGGAUUGGCCAAGGGGCUCGGCAAGCCAUUUGGCCGGUUCAGGGGCGUCGUUAUGAGCGGAAUGCUGGACAGGCUGAAGGAGCGGAAGGCGACUGUUGUUGAGGCGCUCGGAAAGGCGUUAGAUGCUGUCUUCGAGACUGUUACCCUGUUCGACAUGGUCGAAGACGUUCUCACCUCGCUCAAAUCCAAGAACCCUCAAGUCAAGGAAGGCACGCUCAAAUUCCUCCAUCGAUCACUAUCCAGUACCACCGAAGCCCCAGGUAAGGAGCAAGUCAAGCCGAUCGCAGAAGCACUGGUGGGGCUGCUAGGAGACUCGGUGGAGCCGGUACGAGCCAGCGCAGCGGACUGUCUGGGCACGAUGAUGAAGAUCCUGGGGGAGCGGGCGUUCAACCCAUACGUUGAAGGGGUGAACGAGCUGCAGAUGGGGAAAGUCAAGGAGGCGUUUGGGAAGGCGGAGAUCAAAUACCGGGCAGGCGGAGCCAAGGCCGCUGCGCCCAAAGCGGCUGCACCAGCUGUCAAGAAGCCAGUAUCAGCGGUUCCUGCUCCACGCUCAUCAUCUCCCCCCAUCAAGUCCUCCGGCAAGUUCAACAUGGACGAGCUAAACGAAUUUGCACCGUCUGCACCUGCGCGCGCCCCACCAGCCCGACUUAUGGCAAAGCUAGGAGGACCUAAAACUGCUGCACAUGCUCCAUCAGAGGACAAGCCCGCUCCAUCCGCUCCACCUCGGAAAGCCGCCCCGCCAGCAGCAGCUCCCAAAGCCGCGCCCGCUGCAGCCUCGAAGGCGCCCGCUAAAGCCGGUGGUUCGGGCUCGUCCAAAACCCUCGCUAUAUCCCCUUCUGAACCGGUCAAGUUCCGCUACACCCCCGAAGAUGCAGCUGCCAAAGCAGCCGACAUGAUUCCUGCCGAGUAUCAUACGAAAUUAGCGGAUGGUGCGUGGAAGGUACGGCUGGAAGCUGCCGAGGAGAUGGUCAAGUGGGUGGAGGAAGGAGGAGGGGAUCAGGUGGACAGCGAGGUGUUGUUCCGGUUCUUGAGCAAGACGCCGGGUUGGGGAGAGAAGAAUUUCCAGGUCUCUGCUAAGCUCUACGAUGUCAUGCGGCUUAUGGCCGAAAAGAGCCCCACCUUUGGCCGGACAUCCGCCGCUCUAGCUGUCGGGCCAUUGUCGGACAAGCUGGGCGAUCUCAAGCUCAAGAAGUCGGCGGGGGAGGCUAUGACUGCUUUUGCCGAGAGAACCUCUUUGGCCUUCGUGCUUGCUCAGUCAUACGAGUCUAUGACGAAGCAAAAAGCGCCAAAAGCUCAGGCCGACUCGUUGACUUGGAUCAAGCAGCAAUUGGUCGAAUUCGGUAUCGCCGGUAUCCCACUUCGCGACCUUAUCGCUUUCGUCAAAACCGCACUGGGAUCACCGAAUGCGCUUGUCCGAGCGAGCGCGACUCAGGUGAUGGUCACCGUCAAGGUAUUCGUCGGCGGUGAUAUAUCAGGCUUCAUCGAAGAUCUCAACCCUCAACUCCUGACCACCAUCAAUUCCGAGUUCGAUAAGGCUGCGUCGCAAACGGCUCCGGAACCGACCCGGACACAGGCGGAUCUGCAGGAGGCGACGGGUGGCGCUGGGAAAGCUGGCAAGGCCGCAGCAGGUGCUGAUCCGCUGGAUGACCUCAUCCCGAGAGUGGACCUGGACAAGCUGGUCAACCAGACGACGGUGGUCGUGGACUCUCGGUCGGAUGCGUGGAAGACUCGGAAAGAGGCGUUCGAGGCAUUGAAUGCGUUGUUGGAGGUCAAGAGCAAUUCCAGGCUGAAGGGGAAUAUGGGCGAGAUCGGCGGAGUUCUCAAGAAGGCAAUGGCGGAUACCAAUCUUGCCGUCAAGAUGCUCGCGCUCGGCAUUAUCAGCAAGAUCGCUACGGGUAUGGGACAACCAUUCGAUAAGCACGCUCGACUGCUCACCGCCCCGGUCGCCAGCGUCUGCGCAGACCAGAAGACCACCACUCGAGCCGUCGCGCUCUCCACCCUGACCGCGAUGGCGGAUGCUGCGGGCGGACUCGACCCCAUGUACGCCGGCCUCGGGAUGGCGCUCGAGUCACCCAAUCCGGCUCUACGGGCGUCCGUCCUCGGCUGGCUUGCUGAGCGGAUCGUCGCGGAACCGCCCAGUCCAUCUUCUGACUUGACGUCUAUCGCCGGACCGAUUAUCUCCUGCCUAGAAGACCGGAACGGCGAUGUCAGGAAGGGUGCUGGGGCUAUCUUGCCCUUCGUCGUCUCGAGCGCGGGGUACGACUUCGUCAUGGAGCAAACGAGCAGGCUCAAGCCUGCUUCAAAAGCCACUAUCGUUCCGCUCAUCAAUAACGCUCGGGCGAGCGGACCAUCAUCUUCGUCAGCACCUCCUCCAGCAGCUGCACCGACCAAAACGGCGGCGUCCCAGUCUUCAGCUGCUCCUCGAGCCGGAGCCGGUCGCGCCGGUCCCUCCAGCCCUGUGCCAUCCAAGGUCGCGUCCAAAGCCUCGGCCAUCCCUGCCCCCGGUCGGUCGCUAGCCAUGAAAGCAUUGUCGAACGUCCCCAGCGCUCGCCCGCCGUCUGCAAUGAGCGACGAGCGACCUACCGGUAUUCCUCGUCCAAAGGUCGCCGGCGGCGUAUCCAGGCCGCAGUCCGUCCAGCCCCCACCCUCCGCGGGGCCCUCCAACUCCCGCAUCAUCCCCUUCAUCACCUCCGACCCCGUAGCCCGCGCCUCCCGGCUCAAGCGAGAUGCUACUCGCUGGGUCCUCGAGGCAUCCCCCAAGGCCGAUAUCGUCGAAUACCUCCAUAUUCAGAUGGAACCACAUACAAGCCCCGAGAUGCUCCAAUCGCUAUACAGCAAGGAUCAUCGGGCGGAGGAAGACUAUAUGGCGGGUCUGGCACUCAUGGCGGAAUUCUACGAUGCGGAGGUCGCCAAGUCGUUCGGGCUGGCAGAGGAGGUACUGCAAGCCGUGCAGAUGGCCAAUGUCGAUUUGGCGGUCAAAUACGCGGCGCUCAAGCUGUUGUCGAAUAACACGCAGUUGGCGAAUCGAUGUUUGGAGGUGAUUGGGAACGUCAUUUCGACGCUUAUGCGGCUGAAUGAGCGGUUCUCGGAUCUCGAGGCGAAGCUGUUCGGUCCGGCUUUGGUAUACAAACUAAGCGACAACAAGUUCAGUCCAAAGCUCAUGCCGAUCUUCGAGAACCUCGACAAGAUCAUCGCGGGCUCGCAGAUCAUCCAGCUGCUAGUCCAGUACGGGCUGGAAGACAAGUCGGCGGGAAAGACGGUCAAGAAUGAGUCACUGGCGUUGAUCGAGAAGGCAUAUAGGAAGCGGGGGAGUAUCUUGAAGGUGCGGGAUGAUAGAGGGUUCUACGAGUCGCUGGCGAAGUGCGUGAAUGACAGUGGAACGCGGAAUGCCGCUUUGUCUGUGAUGGCGCUGCUGCAGCUCCAAGGCGGAUCGAAGAGUUUGGAUGCGGUCAUCGACUCGUUACCGAAUGCGUCGAAAGACAUGCUAGCGAAUCGUCGGGCGACCAUGGCGACGACCAAGGGUGCACCAGUACCGGCAGUAGCCAAAGUCGUGGAAAGCAGCAUCCCCGCUGCCUCCCCUCGACUACGGAAACCGGCGGCCAAGCUCGACAGUCCCGCUGCUUCCGCUCGCCUAGCAAGGGAAGCACCGGUCCAGACCUCUUCUCCGGCGGCUCGGACUAUCGCUCGGGCGCCCGACUCGCCAAGUCGGCUACCAAAAGCCUCGACGUCAUCUCCCGCUCCUCGUACCCUCGGCGGCAUCCCGCGACCGGUAUCCACAGCCAUGCCGGCCUUACCGCGACCGGUCCAGCGGGAAUCCACCAUUCCCAAACCCUCCAUGCAGCCCUUGGCUCGGCCGACAAAUGGGCGAUCAUCCAACAACCUCCUCCGUCUCAUCAGCGAUAUACGACAAGACGAUCUCGAUCUUGCCGUCAACGCAUUGAAGGAGAUCCAGGACCUUAUCAUCGAGUCGCCCGAGACGCUCAUCAACGUCGUCCCCUCCCUGAUCGACACACUGGUGGGCGAGAUGGAGCGGGCCUACUCGCCCAUCGAGAAUCUCCAGGACGGCAACUACUUCCGGCUCGUCAAGCACCUCGUGCAGACCAUGUCGUCCGUCACGCAAGUUGAGAUUCUUCUCAAAAUGCUGGCAUACGACGACAUGUACGCCCUGUUCGACUGUCUUACCCUCCACCUCGUACAAUCCGACCUGAUGGGCGGCCACUUUCGGGAAUUAUCCAAGUUCAUCAACCUCAUCCUUAUCCAUAUCCUUUCCCAAACCGACCGGUUCAUCAUCUUCAAAACCAUGUUCCGGCUCCUCUACACCCUCUGCGCCGACUUUGAGACCCGCAAUGUCAAGCCUCAUACGGACGAGCAGGCACAGGCGGAUCUGGUCAUGAAGUGCCUGUGGAAACGGUCCAAGGUGCUCCCGGAGGAUUUCGCGUCGGGGCUUUUGCCGAUGGGACCGAUGUUGAGGGUGGUGGAGGAGUUUGUGGCGGGGAUCGGGCCGAGUGUAUGGAGGCGACGGCAGGCCGCGGGGAUCGCGCUGGGUGACUUGCCGCUGAGAUCAGUCAAGACUGUCAUCCAGAAGGUCAUUGGCAACUGCAAAGCUACUGGAGAGGAGGUCUACGAUGUCCUCAUGGACGAAUUUGCAGACGACGCGGCCAACACCAUCGUCUAUUCGUACAUCUUCCGCCUGUCCGGCCAGACCGAGGAGAACGGCGGCGAGAACGGCACUGCGACCGAGGAGGGAGGGCGCGCUGGCUCGGCUGCGCCCACACGCGUAUCACGUCCCAAAUCCGUAUCGAGCAGUCAUCACACUGCCGAUUCUGCUUCGCAGCCCGCUACCACCCCAACGAUACCGGCACGUAGUACCGAGUCCAGUCCACCGGCAAGGCGUGAGGGAGAGACCGAGGCGGCCAGGCUGAUGCGGGAGUUGAUACGGAAUGGGAAUCAUCCUGAACAACUCGACGCGCUGUACUUCUACAUGCGGACCGAUAGUGCGCAUGAGCAGGAAGUACAGCAGGCCAUCUCGAUGAUUUCGUCCGGACCUGUACAGACCUAUGUCAGACGGAUGCUGGAGCAGCGGAAAUCGCAGGACCAUCCUUCCCCAUCAAGACCACAAGGAUCAGGUCCAGACCCUACUUCACCAUCCCGUUCCCCGCCAUCCCGCCGCGAGUCAGACCAAUCCCAGAGCCGGCCGUUCGCUAGACGGUCUAUAGCACCUCGUCCGUCCUCAGUUGCGGUCGACCGAUCCGCACCACCAGACGCACAGCUGGCCGACUAUAAGAACCUCUUCUUCAACAACAACCGGGCGUCGGUGGUCCCGCCAGUGAACGGUCAGGCGGGAUUGCGGACUUCGCAGGUGUUUGAUGGUGGGGAGAAGCGGAACGGGUUGCCAUUGAGGGAGAGUGUGGGGAGGAGGGAGAACUCAUUGGAGCGGGAUGUCGACUGA